GCUUUGUUUGUGGCUUUGUUUUGGUACUGCACGCGCUACUCUGCACAGCGGCAGCAAAUUUAUCAACGCCAGUGAAACACAAUUUUAAGACGCAUAUUUCUUACGGAAUCGAAUCAUCAGCCACGCGCCAGUCAUGUCCGAACCAAGCUCAAAGGAUACGGUGCUAAAAACAGCGAUGAUUUACGUGUGCGGUGAAUGCCAUCAUGAGAAUGAAAUGCGCCCCAGAGAUCCUAUUCGUUGCCGAGAGUGUGGAUAUCGUAUCAUGUACAAAAAGCGUACAAAACGACUUAUCGUCUUUGAUGCCAGAUAGAGGAUAAAAGAGUGCAUUAUAAAAUGGACCCACAAUAUACAAAAACAAUACAUAUACUAUUCUACUAUCUUUAUUAGUUCGGAAAUGUUUAUAAAUACAAUAAACUCAUAUUGAUUUAUACAUUUGU